AUGAAGUGCCUGAACAACCGGGCCGACAGCCACCUGACUGGACAGGUGGAGUGCGAGUUGGACAGCAUGGGCAAUGGGGCCUGGGUAAACCAGGGCUUCUGCGACACCCCUCCACCUUUGCCCAGAGCUGUAAGCACCAUCUACAACCCCCAGUCCCCCUACCAGGGCUCCAUGGACAGCAUGUACAAACUGGACGGGCUCAGCCCAUUCCCAGAGGAGCCUCCAUCCUCUGACCACGGCCUGGUGAAGAAACAAAGAGGCUGCUGCUCGUUUAUUAAAGGCUUAUGGGGCACAACAUUGACUGAAAACACCUCAAACAACAGAGAACUGUUUGUGCGAACCACACUACGGGAGUUACUGGUCUAUCUGGUGUUCCUGGUGGAUAUAUGCCUCUUGACAUACGGUAUGACCAGCUCGAGCACCUACUACUACACUAAAGCCAUGACGGAUCUGUUUGUGAAUACAGCCAGCGAAAGUGGGGUUAAGUUUCAGUCCAUUAGCACCAUGGCUGACUUCUGGACUUAUGCACAGGGUCCAUUUCUAGAUGGCCUCUACUGGACUAAAUGGUACAAUAACCAGUCCAUGGACCACGGGGACCAGUCCUUCAUCUACUAUGAGAACAUGCUGCUGGGAGUCCCCAGAAUGAGGCAGAUCAAGAUCAUGAACAACUCCUGCAAGGUCCACAGCGACUUCCGAGAUGAGAUCACAGGAUGUUUUGAUGUUUACAAUGAGGAGAAGGAGGAUGACCUUAGCUUCGGUCUCAUCAAUGGCACAGCAUGGACCUUUCACACAGAGCAACAGAUCAAAGGUUCCUCUCACUGGGGCUUGCUGACCACAUACAGCGGAGGAGGAUACUACCAAGAUCUGGGGCAGACCAAAGAGGAGAGUGCCAUCAUACUGAAGGAACUGGUGGACAACCUGUGGCUAGACCGAGGAACAAGAGUGGUCUUCAUCGACUUCUCCACUUACAACGCAAACAUCAACAUGUUCUGCGUCAUUAGGUUGGUGGUUGAAAUCCCAGCGACCGGUGGAGCGAUCCCUUCCUACCAGAUUAGAACAGUCAAACUGAUUCGCUACAUCACCACCUGGGAUUACUUCAUCCUCGGCUGCGAGAUGGUCUUCUGCUUAUUCAUCCUCUAUUACAUUGUGGAGGAGAUUCUUGAGUUGCGUAUACACAAGUUCUCCUAUUUCAAAAGCAUCUGGAACAUACUGGAUAUUGUUGUCAUAAUGCUCGCCAUUGUUGCCAUUGUAUUCAAUAUUUUCCGCACUGUCAAAGUGGACAACUUGCUUGGCAAACUACUGGAAAAUCCUGAUAUCUAUGCUGAUUUUGAAUUUCUAGCCUUCUGGCAAACACAGUACAACAACAUGAAUGCAGUGAACUUGUUCUUUGCGUGGAUCAAGGUUUUCAAGUACAUCAGUUUUAACAAGACCAUGACUCAGUUGUCCUCCACACUGGGUCGAUGUGCUAAAGAUAUCUUGGGCUUUGCCAUUAUGUUCUUCAUCGUGUUCUUUGCCUAUGCUCAACUUGGAUAUUUGCUCUUUGGAACAGAGGUUGAAUCCUUCAGCACCUUUGUCAAAUGCAUCUUCACACAGUUCAGGAUUAUUCUUGGAGACUUUGAUUACAAUGCCAUCGACCGUGCUAACAGAGUUCUUGGGCCAAUCUACUUUGUCACCUAUGUGUUCUUUGUUUUUUUUGUUCUACUGAACAUGUUUCUAGCCAUCAUCAAUGAUACAUAUUCUGAGGUUAAGGAAGAGCUCUCAUCCCAAAAAGAUGAGCUCCAGAUUACAGACAUCAUCAAACAGAGCUAUACGAAGACAUUUAUGAAACUGAAACUUAAAAAGGAGAAAAUAUCAGAUGUUCAGAAAGCGCUACGAUCUGGAUCUGGAGAAAUUGAAUUCAAGGACUUCAGAAAAACUCUGAAAGAGAUGGGACAUGCCGAUCACGAAAUAUCUGCAGCCUUCUCACGGUUUGACCGUGAUGGGAACCAAAUUCUAGACGAAGAUGAGCAAGAGAAGAUGAAAAUCGAGCUUGAGGAAAAGAGGGAUGCUCUUUGCACGGAAAUCAACAAUCUGGGAAUUAAUUAUGGGAAAGAAUUACUGGAGAAGCCUCCUGUAGCAUCUAAUGAGCAGAAGAACCACUCCAGUCAUACCUCUGUGGAUCUGGAACAGUUUCUACGAUUGUCCAGACAAGUUCUACACCUUGAAAGCUCUGUGGAAGGCAUCUCAUCCAGGAUUGAGUUGAUUAUGGAGAAUCUGGGAUUACAAGAGAGAGCUAAAGGGAAGGAAAUGGCAGGGAAACGGCGUAUGACCAACAAGGAUAGUGAUGAAACUGCCUCAAACGGGAGCGUCCUGGUUUGCGUGGACAGAGGGAUGAAGGCUGACGUCUCAUUGAGGAGAUCAGCAGUUUGCACCAACUCCACACAUGACUGUCAUAUGUGAUUAAUCUCUGAGAAACACAAUCGCAGGCUAUCUGUAAAUCAGAUGACACGAGGAUGAACAGGUACACUACUGACAGUAUGACACAGCAAUAUUCAACACUUGGUUCAGCUGCUCUUAAGUAAUCAUGUCAUGGUAAUAUGUAAAUACUGUAUAAACACAUUUUUGAAAUAACUAGAUUACUGUACUAGAGCUAAUACAAUAACCUGGUUCAGGUUUAUGCUCCAAUGUAUACAAUGUAUGUUGUAGAUGAGACCUGUUGUGCAAAACAAAUUUAUUUCAACAGUAGAUUAGAGAGACAACAUUGUGCAAUAUAACCCAAUAUAAGGCAGCGCAUAAGCCGCCUAACAUCUAAGUGAAUGCUUGCUUUGCUUUAGUCAUUCAAUGUUUAUAAAUGUUCAUGUUCUAUUAGUCGCUCAAAAGCUAUUCGCCACUUGUUUGCACAGUUUA